AUGUCCAACAAAAUGUUGAACUUGAAAGCUAUACAGUGGAUUUUAAAUAAGAGUGAAAUGUUUUUAUUUUUUAGCCAAGUAUUUUUAGACAGUCUGCGUUUGAAGGGGAACUUCAAAGGAUUCGUGAUCACUUGGACACAAAAGCUGAUGGCAAUUUGCGUAUCCUUUUACCGAUAAUCCAUAACAAGGGCAUGGAGAGAUAGUCUGUUUAAGAGUCUUUUGUAUGUUACCAGGGCUGCAAAUAAAUAUUUGACUUGACAGGACAUUUGUCCGAUCACUUCUAAUUUUCGUCGGACAUAACUUGAAUUUGGUCGGACAAAAACCAACAUCACUAAAUUUGGUCGGACAUAUAUAGUAUACGUCACAUCGAGUAUGUGAGUAUGUGAUCCCGGUAUGUGGUCGGUUCGAGUAUGUGACUCAUCGUGGCCAGGCAUAUUUUUCAAGCCUGCCCGGUGUGGAUACACACUCAGAGUAACAUCACACACAAGCAUCAUAUUCACCUGAGUACAUUACACGAACACAGAUAAAUUCAUAAUAGUCUAUGCAUUUAUACAUUAUUAAAAUGCAUGCACUAAUAAUUGCAUUUCUGAGCUCAGACCUGACAGUACAGAUCCUGUUUUGGCUAUCAAUAUCGAAGCAGAGUUUUCUUUAAUUAUAUAUCAAAGCUGGCAAUAUCCACUCCGUGGCAGAAGCAUUGUUAGUGUUUUUAGAAAGUCUCGAAGAACCUGUCAUUCCAUUCAAAAUGUACCAGAAAUGCUUGGAAUGUAGUAAUAAUUACACACUAUGUAAACAGGUAAUUGUCACUGAUUCAUAUAGCAUAGCCUAUCGAGAUCAUAGAUAUCUUAUAUACAUCUAAUUAUUCUGCAAUUCAAAAAUUGAAGCCGUGAUUGCAGACUCAGGAUAUUCCCAUGAAAUGAGAAGACUCGUAUGUUUUCUAUUUCUUAAACAGGGAACUUAAACAUUAAGUUAAACCUAUUCCGAAUACAUUUUCAAACUAUUCAAAUGAUGAAAGUUAUUGUUGUUUUUUAAGCGUUUAUUAGCGAGUGGGAAACUCCAACAUGGCCGCCAUAUAUUCAAAUGGGGGUAACCGCUGGAAUAUUCUUGGCUUCAAUUUUACCAAAAGAAAUGCGCUAUCUAGUCUAUAUAAGAUAUGUAUGAUCAAGAUAUGAUGGUUUGGAAGCUAAACAGAAGUCAUUGAGUUUGAGAUUGUGUUUGAGAUUGUCACGGAGAUUGACAAUCCAGGGCCUUUUUUAAGAAAUUGCUCGUGGGGGGGCCUUUGUACAGAAGGGACCUUUCGGUUACGACCGAAGGGACCAGUAAUCAAGCCCGUAGCUGGGGGGGCACUCACUGCAUAAAGAAUGUAACCGACCUUUUAGAUUAAAAAAAAAAUUUUCCGGAAAUUAUUUUGGCGACCUCCCCCCCCCCCGCCCCCCCCCAUCGCCAAAAAAAUUUCGGUCUGUGUACCAUUUUAGGGGUCAAAAAUUUUUUUCCGGACAUACCAAUUUUUCCGAAAAUAAACAAUUUUUUCGAAACCUAACAAAAUUUUUGAAAAAUCACAAAAUUUUCCACAAAAUUUACAGAAUUUUUUCCAUUUUUACAAUUGGUACUUCGUUUUACACAAAUAUAAGGAAUAGACCACUGAUCUGAAUAAAACUGUAUUAUUCUGUUAUUAUUUAAAUGGUAGGAAAUUUAACUGUCCUUGCCCACUGCCCAGAGUAGUGCAUGAAUUUUUAUUUUAUGCUAUGUGCUAAAGUAACAACAUGACAAUUUAGUGGGGGGGCCAAAACCCAUCAGUGGGGGGGCCAAAGGAGGGGGUGGGGGGUCCUUGACCCCCCCACGUAUAUAGUUAAAAAAGGCCCUGGCUCAUUGUAUUUUCGUAUAAUGAAGUAACCGCGUCCAAUCGGGAGAUAGCCGAGAUGAAACGUGCGAAUACGAUGAAUAGUAUUUAAAGGACAUUGGCAAUAAAAAAUAGUUUCGUUCAUUUGAAAGAACUUUUAAAACUAUAUAGUAAACUGUAUUACAGAUUGUUUAUAUCUUGCUUAGUUUUCAAAAUAUUUCGACUGAAAAAAGUGAGCUGUUCGCCAUCUUGGAUUAUCGAGGAUAUGGGGGGUUGACAAAACGUGGACCCCCCCCCUUCUGGACCCCAUUCUGGAUCCCUUUCUGGACCCCUUUCUGGACCCCAUUCUGGAUCCCAUUCUGGACCCCUUUCUGGACCCCUUUCUGGAAACAUGCAAAUUAAGAAAACAUGCAAAUUAAGAAAACAUUACAUAGGCAGCUGUAAGCAGUCCGUCCCCAACCAGCAUUUGUUGAGAUGGCUUCGGCAGUGACCCAUAAUUUGGCCACAAGCCAAUAUUUGUUGACAUUUUUGCUGUAAAUGCAGCGGGGUAAAUUUGCCGAUUUAUAGCAACCCGACACUACAUUGACAAUGUCAUUACACAGUAUUUUACAAGGUCACAAAAACAACAUGCAGUUUACUGAAAGUGCUUAUCCCUAUUCAAAAGAACAUGAAACAAGAAAACUAUUGCAGUAAGAUAUUUUUAAUUGGAUAACUAUGUUGCCCAGCAAUGCCCUAAUGUACAAGAUUAUGACUAAAAUUAUCAGGAUUGAGGAUUCAGAAAGUCGAAAAAAGCUAAAUGAAUUUAAUCGAUCAUCGUUAGCUAUCGUUAUAUUGAAAUCCAAAUAGUUGUGUCCUACAAUCUGGUCUGUAGGUUUUUAAAAGGUCAAGAAUAGGGUCCAGAUUGGGGUCCAAAAUGGGGUCCAGAUUGGGAUCCAGAUUAGGGGUCCAGAAAGGGGGGGUCCACGUUUUGUCAACCCCCGAGGAUAUGCAUGUUACGUCAAGAGAGGGGUCACGCUAAUUUUUUAUCAUGAGAGUAAGCGAUUAAUAUAUGUCCAAAACUUCGUUUCUGGUUGCUUUCUGAAAUUUAGAAAUGAUUAUGUAAAUUAAAAUGCUAUAGAUCAAAAUCUAAGUUAGUCCUUUCUGAAUGCAACGAUCUUUAUUUCAUUGCGAUAGCUUUUAUAGCUUUUACAUUACAUGAAGUCAAACGGUGUCCAGUAUUUUGGGGGAUAUAUUUCUUCUUGUUUAUCGCUUUGUGAUCGGCCCAUCUUUAAGUCUUGUCUUUUAUUCUACAGAUGGUGAUGAAUCUACCGCCUAGUCAUCGGAAUGUUUUUAGAUAUCUGAUCGAAUUUUUAAAAGAACUUUUAUUUUAUUCAUCUUACAAUGGCCUUGAACCAAAAGUAUUGGGUAAGUGAAUCUUUAAACCUAGUUUCCGUAUAUGGACGUUUAAAGCUCUUGCUUUUCUUACAUGCAAGAAAAUAUGGUAUUUUAGUUAUUUUCGCGAGUCAAAAACCAUUCACGUGAAUUGUCGUGGUGCAAAGAUGUCGUAAAAUAUUAUAAGUUGCAGAGAUGAUUUCUCUCGUAUUUUCUGAUAUGACGUAUAAAACGUACAGAAGAACAAUAAUCUAAGAUAAAAAAGUAGGGUCACAGACAUUCUUAAAGAGAUACAAGGCGAAGGCAGGCGAAAAUGAGUACAAGUAUUUAAUACAAUUGUAAGGUACAUAUAUAGUAGCUUUAGAAUUUAUUAUAGUUAUGAUUUCUCUUUCAGCGACGAUAUUUGGGGCAAUAAUGCUACGCCCCCCUCCAAAUAUGGAACCGUUGUCAGGAAAACAACUUUCGCAACAGGUGCAGAGACGUGCUAAGUUCAUACACCACUUUAUAAUACUGCCGAGCAGUAAUACGCCGCUAUAAAUUCGCCAAUUUAUGCUGGGUUAUAAUAUUUUUUCUUUCUGGUAGGCGGGGUUUAUUCCAAUUUAUUAACAGGUUUAUGCCAUCCAUGGGUUUAACAGAUUAAAGGACAUUGGCAAUAAAAAAUCAGUUUGUCUCAUUCAAAAGAACUCUUAAAAUUAUAUAUUAUACUCUGUAUUGCCGAUUUGUCAUAUCUUGCUUGGUUCUCGAAAUAUUUAAACCUAAAUUAAUGAGCUAUCUUGGACUAAUUCUUGACCUCAUUAACUAUGGUUUUGAUGACGUCAGGAGUUGGGUUAACCAUAUAAAACUACUCUAAAAUGACCGAGUAACAAUCCAAAAUUGUUUGAAAUGUUUUUAAUCAUUUUUAAAUUUCAGACAGCAACCAGAAACGAAGUUUUGGACCCAUAUUAAUCGCUUACUCUCAAGAUAAAACAUUAGCGUGACCCCUCUCUUGACGUACAUGCAUAUCCUCAAUAAUCCAAGAUGGCGAACAGCUCACUUUUUUCAGUCAAAAUAUUAUGAAAACUAAGCAAGAUAUAAACAAUCUGUAAUAGAGUUUAAUAUGUAGAGUUCUUUCAAAUGAACUAAACUAUUUUUUUAUUGCCAAUGUCCUUUCACGAGCUAUUCUUGUUGAACGGUAGUAUGGCAGCUUUUCGCGGGGUUUAUUCCAAUCUAGUAACAGGUUUAUGCCAUCCAUGUGUUUAA